CUGUGUCUGAAUCCUUUCAACCUUGGUCUUUAACAAAAUGAUCUCUGCUUUUUGUUCCUAGAUUAGAUUUUCUUUCCAUUAUUAAUAUAUCCAAACAAUUGCACUGUUAAGUUUCACAUUUAGCAGUUUGGAAGUGGAAGCUGCUGCCUCACUUGCUGGUGCAGGUUAGACAUGGGGGGUGUGUGUGUGGUGUGAGAGUCACUGUGGAGGGAGGAGGAGUAACUUCCUACACACUGACAGGGAGUGGUGCAGCUUCCAAACUGGGAUGAUGCUCUGCUGGCUGGAUGCUUUGGGAUUAAAAGAAUUAAAGAUUGGAGGUAGUUUGAUGAUCUGUGUGUGCUCUCAGGGGUCAGAAGCUGUUAGAAGGGGAGUAAAGGGCCCCCUGAAGAUGGGAAGUGGUGGCAGAGGUUCUCAUGGAUGGGUGAGGCUCACUCCUGGUUUCUCCACAGGGAUGUCACGGGUUUCACUUAUUUCUGUUCCCAGCAUGUUUGUCAGGGAUUUAGCCAAUCUCCUUGGGACACUGUAGUGCUGGUUGCACCAGAACACCUUGUCCUCUUGCUGUCUCGACCCUAAAUUCUUCCUGUGACACUAAAUCCCGUUUCUGUAGAAACCUCUGGAAGUGUUUGAAGCUCAGAGUAACUGUCCCAUGUUCCCAUACCAGUAGUCUGAAGACCUGGAGGCUUGUAAUUGGAAUUCCCCGAGUGAAGCUGUUAGAGAUGGGUGUGUCUGUGCAGUUGGAGGACUGUGGAGAGGGAGGACGGAUCCCAUCCCUAUCGUGGUCAAGUAUGAUGUCAUGGGCAUGGGCCGCAUGGAGAUGGAGCUUGACUAUGCCGAGGAUGCCACAGAGCGGAGGCGAGUGCUGGAGGUGGAGAAGGAAGACACCGAGGAGCUGAGGCAGAAAUACAAGGAUUAUGUUGAUAAAGAAAAGGCCAUUGCCAAGGCUUUGGAAGACCUCAGAGCAAACUUCUACUGUGAACUCUGUGACAAGCAGUAUCAGAAGCAUCAGGAGUUUGACAACCACAUAAACUCUUAUGACCACGCUCACAAACAGAGGUUGAAAGAUCUCAAGCAAAGGGAAUUUGCUCGCAAUGUCUCUUCGAGGUCACGGAAGGAUGAGAGGAAGCAGGAGAAGGCCCUUCGGCGCCUGCACGAGCUGGCUGAGCAGAGGAGGCAGCCUGAGUGUGCUCCUGGAAGUGGGCCCAUGUUCAGAACCACCACUGUGGCCGUGGAUGAGGAAGGUGGAGACGACGACGAUUCCGCGGCCAACAGCGGCUCCUUUGUCCAGACGAGUUCUGGCCAGGCUGCAGAGAUGACUAUGGACAGAGGCUUCCUGAACACUGGACAGGGUGUGAUGCCAAGCCAGGCGCCCUCCCAGGCAGCACAGGCCAUCAGCUUUGGCAUCAAGAGCUCUCUGGGGACUCCCCUGCAGAAGAUCGGGGUGUCGUUUUCCUUCGCGAAGAAGACCCCGGUGAAGCUGGAGACCAUUGCUUCUGUUUUCAAGGACCAUGUGGAAGAGUCCAGCUCUUCAGAUGGGGCAAAAGGGGAUGAGAGGGGGUCUUCAGAGGCUGGCAGCCUGCAGAAGUCUGGGGAGGGAGAAGGCACCAACAAUUCUGACGGCAAGGAGGACGAUGACCAGCAUGACAAGGACAGCGGGUCCCUGGCCAGCACCUUAUCGAAACUGAAGAAGAUGAGGAGAGAAGAUGGACCAACGGCCGUGGAACCAGAGUACUACCACUACAUCCCCCCAGCCCACUGUAAAGUGAAGCCCAAUUUUCAAUUCCUGCUUUUCAUGAAGUCAACUGAACAAAUGGAAGCUGAAAAUGUGAACAAAAAAAACACAAAUGAAGUGAAAAAGGGGACUUCCCCCAAACCCAAACCCGGGAAGCACACGGAGAAAGCCACUGAGAGCACGGUGCAGCAGAAGGAGCAGAGUACUACUGAAACCACAUCCCAGCAGGGCAAAACAGAGCCAAAAGACGUCCAGGAGAAUGAAAGUACAGAGGAGAGCAAACACCUUCCAGAGAGCAAACCCCCCGAGCCAGACACUGCUAAAGAAGCUGCUCCACCUGCCUCGGGCUGCAGAGAUGGCUCUGAGGGACCAAAGCACCCGACAGGACCUUUUUUCCCAGUUUUGAGUAAAGAUGAGAGCACAACACUGCAGUGGCCUUCAGAGCUGCUCAUAUUCACCAAAGCUGAGCCCUCUGUGUCCUACAGCUGUAACCCCCUGUACUUCGACUUCAAGCUCUCCCGCAACAAAGAUGCCAAAGGGAAAGGGGCAGAGAAAUCCAAGGAUCCGGGGGGACUUUGUAAAGACAACACUCAGAGCACAGAGUCUGGUGAGGUGAGCAAAGCCAAGGAGGGUGAAAGUGUAGGCAACAGUUCUGCUGUGAAAACAGAGAACAAAUCCCAGAGCAAGCAGGAGUCCGACCAGGGCAGCGUCGGUAAGGGGGAGGGGGAGGACAACAGUAAGAGCAUAACGGGGAAGAGUAAAUCGGGUAGGUCCCAUAAACACAAAAAGAAAAAGAAGCACAAAAAGUCCAGCAGACACAAACGCAGACACAAGGAGGUAGCUGAGGAGAAGGGCCGGAAAGCUGAGCUGGGGGAAGAGAAACCCAAGAAACGGAAAAGGCACAGGCACAAAAAAGGCAAAUCCUCCCUUUCGACGGAGUCAGACCGGGUGCUGAAACCCGAACUGUCAGAAGACUGCAGCCACUUCCAGAAGAAAAAGCGGUGCUCCCAGGAGUCCCAGAGGAAAUCCCUGUCUGCCGAGGAGGGAAGCAGCGGUAAAAAAGAGGACGGGGGUAACUCCUGCCAAGAGCACGGCAGCAAGAAACACAAGGCUGAGCUGCAGCAGGUCCCUGCUGCGCGGAGGCGCUGCCCGGCUGCGUCCCAGGGCCGGCCCGGCCGCCGGAGCCGGCAGAGCAGUGGCGACUACGACAGCGACGAGGGCUCCCACGGGAAGCACUGCCGGCAGAAAUCCCCGUCCCACUACAGCGACGACUACGACUCCGGCAGCGAGCACUCCCGCAGCCGCUCCCGCUCGGGCCGCGGGCACUCCUCCCACAGGUCCUACUCCAGCAGCUCUGACGCCUCCUCGGAGCACAGCCGGUACAGCCGCCGCAGGAGCUACUCCGACGACAGCUACAGCGACUACAGCGACCGCUCCCGCUGCCACUCCAAACGCUCCCAGGACUCGGAGGAUGACUCCGACUACAACAGCUCGAACCACCGCUCGAAGCGGCGCAAAUACUCCUCGUCAGAGGAUGACUACAGCUCGAGCAGGAGCAGGUCCAGGAGCCGGAGCAGGAGCCGAACCCACCCUCGGGGCAGGUCAAGAUCAAGGAGCCGGGGCAGGACCCGCAGCAGCAGCUGCAGCCGCAGUCGGAGCAAGAGGAGGAGCCGGAGUGUGACGGGUCGGAGCUGGAAGCGGAGCCGCAGCUACAGCCGGGACCGGAGCCGCAGCACCCGGAGCCACUCGCAGAGGUCCCUGUCUCGGAAGGGCUCACGGGGCCACGAGAGCCCCGAGGAGAGAAGGUCUGGCAGGAGGGACUUCAUCAGGUCCAAGAUCUAUCGCUCCCAAUCCCCGCACUAUUUUCGGACAGGCCGAGGUGAAGGAUCGCUGCUGAAGAAAGAGGAGGGCAAAGGAGAGGAUCUGAAAGGAUCUGGCUCUCUCUCCCAGAACAGCAGCAGCUCUGGCACGGGGCGGGCCUCGGAAGGGGACUGCAGUCCUGAGGAGAGAAACUCUGUCACUGCAAAGCUGCUCUUGGAAAAGAUUCAGUCCAGGAAGGUUGAGAAGAAGCCUUGUGUGGCUGACGAGGUGCUGGUGGGGGCAAACAAGGUGGGCAUAAAACUCAAAGAUCCUCCCCAGGGCUACUUCGGCCCGAAACUUCCUCCUUCCUUAGGCAACAAACCGGUUCUCCCGUUAAUCGGGAAGCUGCCAACGGUGCGGAAACCGAACUCCAAACGAUACGAGGAGUCUGGCUUGGAGAGGGGUGAGGAGCAAGAGCUGUCGGAUGCUGAGGACAGUUCCCAAGGCAUGGAGGAGGGUCAGCUGGCCGGGCAGUCUCUCCUGGAAGAUGUGGUGAUGGUCAUUCAGGACAAACCUCUGGACGAGUCGAAACGCGACGAACCUGCCGUGGAGAUGCCGUCGAUUCCCCUGGAAGCGCCGUCGCUCCCCGAGUGCUUUGGCUCCGGAGAUCUGGUCAUGUCACACAACUUCCUCUCGGAUCCGAACGAUGGUGAUGGGCUGGAACCUAUGGAUGGGGGCAGCCAGCCGGUCCCAGUGGAAAGCAGUAUGAUGCCCUUAGUUCCAGACGUCGAGCACUUUCCUGGCUAUGUGCCUCAGAGCGGCGAGCCGAGCAUGGAAGGGGAUCGGGAAGGGGCAGAAGAUUCCUCUCUGGCCCCGCUGGAGAGCCAACCCAUCACCUUCACCCCCGAGGAGAUGGAGAAGUACAGCAAGCUGCAGCAGGCGGCCCAGCAGCACAUCCAGCAGCAGCUCCUGGCCAAGCAGGUCAAGGCCUUCCCCGCCUCGGCGGCCCUGGCACCGGCAGCGCCCGCGCUCCAGCCCAUCCACAUCCAGCAGCCGGCGGCGGCCUCGGCCACGUCCAUCACCACGGUGCAGCACGCCAUCCUGCAGCACCACGCCGCCGCCGCCGCCGCCGCCAUCGGCAUCCACCCGCACCCCCACCCGCAGCCCCUCGCUCAGGUCCACCACAUCCCCCAGCCCCACCUGACGCCCAUCUCCUUAUCCCACCUGACCCACUCGAUUAUUCCAGGGCACCCCGCCACCUUCCUGGCCAGCCACCCCAUCCACAUCAUUCCGGCCUCAGCCAUCCACCCGGGCCCCUUCACGUUCCACCCGGUCCCACACGCUCUCUACCCGACCCUCCUGGCCCCGAGACCCGCCGCUGCCGCCGCCGCCACGGCCUUGCACCUCCACCCCCUGCUGCACCCCAUUUUCUCAGGACAGGACUUGCAGCACCCACCCAGCCACGGCACAUGAAGGACAGAACGAAGGAACCUCGGAGUUUUGGGAAGGGGUUGGAGCUGAUCCAGCGGGCGGGUGAGGCCUGAGCAUUUCCUGUCACUCUUGAGCAGCCGAAGAAGCCGGAGGCUCAAGGGCUGGGCGGCAGCGUUGUCCAUAUCCACUCCCAGGGAUGUCUCACUCCGACACUUCCGUGCACGCAGCGGCACCGUUCCAAGAACCAUUUCACCUGCAGACCAGCGAGACACUUGGAAAGGCUUUUUUUUCCCCCCCCCUGGGUUCUUACACUUGGUCAUCUUCCUUCUGCCGCCUUGUAUAUAAUAAGUGAGGUCUCAUCCACACUAA